AUGCACCACGAUGCUGUUUCUCCGCUGUUAUAUGAAGCUUACCUUCAUCCCAUGCCUGCACUCGAGAGGGGGGUAUCUUCAAUCUUGCUUCCACGUCCGGCAAUCCACACGAGAUGGAUCCCAUCGCCAUCAUAACGGGUGUUGUUGACCUUUUCGGCGUUGCCCGCCAAAUUCAAGGGCUCGUGGAAAAGUACAAAAAUGCCCCCCAGGCUGUACACGAGAUCAUCGCCGAGUGCAACUGGACGAGAGGUCUGUGUCUCAACUUGAAAGAGCAAGUCUCACAGACCGACGCUCUCAAGAACCCGAGCAAAAACAGCAUUGAGUAUACGAUGCGGCAGCUGUUUGAUACGUGCAUGGAGAACAUGGAGAAAACGCUGAAAGAUUUGGACAAAGAAGUCAGCAAGGUACAGAGCAAAAGCAAUUCGCGCAUGGGAAAGUGGGAUAAGACGAAGUUCUUGUGGAAGCAGGAGAUAUUUUCAGAUGCUGCGCAAAGUGUCCAAGCCCAGAAAGCCAAUCUUGGCAUCAUUAUGCAAGCAUUGCAAGCGCGCACUGGCAACAAAGUAGAGGAAGACGUCAACAAUGUACAGAAGGGGGUCGACAAUAUUGAGGGGAUGCUUAAACUAAUCCUGGAUCAAUUGUUGAAAAGCCAAAUCGCGGCCUCAAAGUCAACACCUCAACUGGGUCUACAGCCGCCACCGGAGCUGAAGAAGAGUAGAUCAGACACCCAGAUAAACACAACAGGCAAGCGAUUUGCUGACGACCUCUUCAAUGCCGUUCGAGGAGGGCGACUUGAAGACCUUGAGCCCAUUUUGGCCCAAGGCGCCUCUGUAAACAUAGCUCUAGGAGACCGCGGUGAUCGAGCCGUACACGUCGCUGCUCGCGAGGGAUUCCUGCUCGUCCUGGACCGGCUUAUUGCUUCCGGAGCAGACGUUAAUGUCCAGAACACGGCCCAGGACACAGCCUUACACCAAGCGCUCAACCGAAGACAGAUUCCCACCUCGCUCGCGCUGUUGUCGAGCGGGGCCCGUUGGAAGAUCAAGAAUGCCAAUGGGACCACGGUACUACACACGGCUGUAAGGAAUUCUGCAUAUCUUGUUGUGCAGUACUUGCUCGAUAAGGGGGCAGACCCGAAUGCUCGAGACAAAUGGGGUCAGACUCCCCUUUUCAAGGCGUGCCAUCCGGCGGACAAGGAUGGCAAAAAGGCCAAUGUCGACCUGAAAACCAUCCGCUUGCUCGUCGAGCGAGGUGCCGAUCCAACGCUUGGGGCUUGGAAAAACGGCAGCACUCCGAUCCACGAGCUUGCCUCGAGUGGGCACGCGAAGGAGCUCGAGAUCAUGGCCAAGGCGGCAAAGACGCUCGAACUGCCGCUGUCAGGAGACGCUCAGGGCCGAACGCCGCUACUCAUCGCUGUCAGGAACAAGCACUCAGAUGCCAUAGACGUUCUGAUCAAGUAUAAAGCCAACGUGAACGCGAGAGAGACUUCCAAGGACAACACGGUUCCGACUGCCCUGUGGCACGCCGCGUGGAAUCCGGAUCUGAGUAUCGCGACAAAGCUUCUCGAGGCCGGCGCGGAUCCCAACGCAAAAGGCAACGAUAUAACGAUUCUCCAUCUUGCGGCGACGCAGCAUUGGCUGGAGCUGGCCAAGCUGUUGGUCAAAUACAAGGCCGAUCUAAAUGCAAAGUCAUCUAGCAAGGAUACACCUCUCCACGCGGCAGUAUGGGCCAAGGACUUCCCGAUUACCCGGCUUAUGCUAGAGAAUGGGGCCAAAGUAGAGGCGAGGGGGAGCAGCAAAGCGACUCCGAUUAUGGCGGCUGCCCAGAUCGGCUCGCUGCCCAUGGUCAGGCUCCUGCUUAAGCACGAAGCUCAGUGGUCUUACACAACGCCUCAAGGGACGAAUGCGUUCAUAUGGGCAUUGAGUGGCGGAAGCGCCGUCUGCGCAAGCUUCUUUCUUGGCUGUGGUCACGAUUUGGAUCAGAAGGCAGAUGGGGAUUACACCGCGCUACACUAUGCGGCGAGGACAGGCAAGAUGGAGUGCGUCAAGUUACUUCUAGAGCUGGGCAUCGAUAAGCAGGUCAUGCCGACGAAGAUGAGGGUACCUUUCAAGGUCAAGGGAACGGCAGCUGAAGUUGCGAGGGCGCAUGGGGCUGUUGAAGUGGCCGAGUUCAUCGAGAGAUAUAGGGGCGAGUAGAAUACUGAGAGAACCAUGAGUCUUGUUCAAAAUAACCCUGAAUCCGAGCUCAUGUUGAACGACAGAAUGAGAUGUAAGUGGAGGAGUAUGGUGUUACUUUUACAUUAAUAUGCCGCCAUCCUUGGGACUAUAAGAUAUCGGUCGUCAUACAAAUGAGAACCAGCUCAUCCCUCGAGAUAAUAGCCUCGAUACUCCUCUUACCCUACAUAACAACCUACAACAUUCGGUAGCAGGGUGCUGGAUGACAAGUUCCACUUAAAUUGAAAGAUGAAGAUAGGCGGAUAUAGACGUUCGAU